AUCACGCUGACCUCCGCCUGGGCUGUAAACCGAGCCGGCCGCUGCGGGCAAGAGGCAGGCUCUCGGCGCCUCCGGGAAAGGCAGCCCCACGGCCGAGCUCCGGGCGGCUCGCAGGGACCCGGGCAGCGCCCUGCGGCGGCUGCGGGGCAGCGGGGGAGCCCGACGCGGGCGCGGGCGGGGAACGUGCGUCCGUCGGCAGCAGCGGGAGGAGGGGCGGCGCCAGCCAUGGCCGGGGACAGCGAGCAGACCCUGCAGAACCACCAGCAGCCCAACGGCGGCGAGCCUUUCCUGAUCGGCGUCAGCGGGGGCACGGCCAGCGGCAAGUCUUCCGUCUGUGCUAAGAUUGUGCAGCUCCUGGGACAGAAUGAGGUGGACUGUCGCCAGAAGCAGGUGGUCAUCCUGAGCCAGGACAGCUUCUACCGAGUCCUUACGUCGGAGCAGAAGGCCAAAGCCCUGAAGGGCCAGUUCAAUUUUGAUCACCCGGAUGCCUUUGACAAUGAACUCAUCUUCAAAACACUCAAAGAAAUCACCGAAGGGAAGACGGUGCAGAUUCCCGUGUAUGACUUUGUCUCCCAUUCCCGGAAGGAGGAGACGGUUACUGUCUACCCCGCGGAUGUGGUGCUCUUUGAAGGGAUCCUGGCCUUCUACUCCCAGGAGGUGCGAGACCUUUUCCAGAUGAAGCUUUUCGUGGACACAGAUGCGGACACCCGGCUCUCCCGCAGAGUAUUAAGGGACAUCAGCGAAAGAGGGAGGGACCUUGAGCAGAUUUUAUCUCAGUACAUUACGUUCGUCAAGCCUGCCUUUGAGGAAUUCUGCUUGCCAACAAAGAAAUACGCUGAUGUGAUCAUUCCUAGAGGUGCAGAUAAUCUAGGUGAGUCCUGGUCAGGUCGGGGGGUGGAGGGUUAUCCCCUGGGGCAUAACUUCUACCCUAUGUCAGUCCUACUUUGGGACAGGAUGUGGUGACCAAGCAAGGCUCCAUGGACGUGGCUGAACCACUGCUCUUCUAUUGGGAUCCAGAAAGGAAUUUUUGCCUACACGUUUGUCCUUGGGAACAGGCCCCUGGGCAUACGUGUGUAUGACAAAACAGGAAUUCGUGCUUCUCUAGCAGAAAGCAGAGGGCUGGAGACUCUCCUCUGCUGUCCCUCCCAGCGAUGACACUUUGGGGCCUUGCAUCCAAGGCCACCUUUUAGCAAAAGCACAUUUUCUUCUUAAUUUAGAAUGGCCUGCCAUCAAGGUAGCCUUUCCAAAAGGGAGUUGUUUGUAUUUAUUUAUUUAUUGGUUUUGGCUUGUCUGAGAAGUAGGGGUACCUCUGGACUGAGGCAGG